AUGUCUGUUCGACCACAACUACACAUUACAGUAGUUCGCCAUGGCGAAACAAAUUCAAACUUGAAUCAUAUAUUACAGGGUCAUUUAGAUACCAAAUUAAACAAAGUUGGUCGUGAGCAAGCAGAUUUGGUCGGAAAACGACUGCGAAAAAUGAAAUUUGAUCAUAUUUAUUCGAGUGAUUUAUCGAGGGCAAAAAAGACUGCAGAGGCUAUAGCGAAACAUCAUCCAAACACACCUUUCUCAGUUGAUAUGAGAUUACGUGAAAAGGAUAUAGGCAGGCUAAGCGGUCUUUCAAUAUACGAAGCACUCGAUUUAAUAAAAAACGAAGGAUCACAAUGGGAAGAUUACGGUGAAUCCGACGAGGACUUCACCGACAAUAUCCUAUCAUUCUUUGAUGAAAUAAUUGAUAAACACCUACCAGACACUCAAGGUCCCGAGUCGAUUGAACACCCGAAAAAGAAUACACACAUACUACUAGUGACACACGGUGGCACGAUCAAUAAACUCGUGCGUGAGCAUAUGAUACACGAUCUCGGUUUCUUGGUGAAUGAUUAUUUAAGUAUAAGACAUAAGGCUAAGAAUACGAGUGUUACAAAGAUUGUGGUGCGUCGCAAAAUUACUGAUGAUGUUGGGAGUAGGAGCGUUAGCAGAAGAGGUAGUGGUGUUAGCAGUAGCGAUGGCGCUACAACUCCAUCUUCUGAAGCUUCAACUAUUGAGAUUGUGAGAGGCGUUCAACGAAAACCUCGAUUAGAGGGUGAUAUCAAUAUGUGGAGUUGUGUGGCUCACCUGGCGAAGCUUGGUAAACGGACACGUGGCGAUUCUUCAAUUGAUGAUUAUGUGCAUUAA